CAAGGAAACACCGUGAUUCAGAAAACACGUCUAUUGUAUGAAGAUCCUUAACGUCUCAGUUACACCCUACGCCACGAAAACAAAGCACUGGACGCCUACCUGCCCACCACCCCAAGCCUGAAUUGUUUCGAUGACUCACAUGAACCAGUAAAAAUUGACGUCACUGUAAAGGUCGAUCCGUAUCCAGACAAGAUGUGGGGACAUGUCCUGCUCCAGGACAGUGGCAAGAUGGACUAUCAGAACUCUGUAAAGAAAGAAAGAGAGAGAUGGUCCCUGCAAAGUAAGGACAGUAUGCGUUGCAGACGUUUCUAUAGACACCAAGUAGAAGAGUGGCGGAAGAGACGUGAUGCUUCCCAAUCUUAUGACUGGGCGAACGAUUUCUCCUCAUGUAAACCGACCCUAGACCGUCUUGGGGGGUUGUUCAUAAAUUAGUAAUGAUGGAGAAAGUACAAAGUCCUGCAUCGCUCCAAGAGGAGGCAAUGGCGCUGGACCUUGUGCCCCGCAAAAACUGUGAUGAUCAGUGGGAGAUAGAUCUGUCUUGUCGGGGCCUUACAGAGAUACCUCCUGAGAUCUUUCACAUAACCGACGACUUACAAGUUCUAAAUCUCUUUGGAAACAACAUCGAGCACAUUUCGGGCGACAUCGGACAGUUGCUAAGGCUUAAAAAGUUGGAUUUGGGUUCCAACAGCCUAACCUCACUACCUCCACAACUAUGCAGUUUGAUCGAGCUAGAGGAGUUGAACUUGAAUGACAACCAUCUAACUACAUUGCCAGACAAAUUCGGUCGCCUCAGAGCGCUGCAAGUUUUGUAUCUAAAGGACAACGCGCUCAAAGAUUUGCCACAUUCCAUAUGUGACAUAGAAGAACUUGAGCGUCUAUACAUCACCAACAACAUGAUUGAACGUUUACCCGAUGACUUUGGAAGACUGAAAAGCCUUAAAGACUGCUACAUAAGUUCAAAUAGAUUACGAUUUCUUCCAGACUCUUUCUGUGAGAUGGAAAAUCUCGUGAAAGUGAACUUGUCUGACAACGCGAUAGAAAAACUACCCGACCGCAUAGGAAAUCUUGUUAACGUUAAAAAUCUCUAUCUCCGUGGAAACAAGCUGACGAAACUUCCAAUGUCUUUCGGCGAGUUACAAUUGCUGGAAUCACUCACACUGUCUGGGAAUGGGUUACUGGAGCUGCCAAGUACUUUCGGCGAGUUGUCCUCGCUGAAGGUGGUAUAUCUGAUGAACAAUGACAUCAAAGCUCUCCCAGAUAGCAUCUGUGAACUGAAAAAUCUACGUCACCUAAACCUCUCCAACAAUAAGCUGAGGAUGCUACCCGAAAGUAUUGGCAACAUGUCGGCCUUAAAGAUACUAGAUCUGGACAAGAACCAGCUCGUGGACUUCCCCAUAUCGAUUCAGCAUCUGGAUAACCUGCGGCAUCUGCGUUUGUCUGCCAACAAGAUAGUCCAACUGCCCAGACACAUCGGGCUUCUACGAAACAUCAGAGAAAUCGACGUGUCAAAUAACCACCUACAACAGUUUCCUAAGGAACUGUGUGGACUGCCAACUUUGCAAUCCUUGAUCCUAGAUGGGAACAACAUUUCUACAAUGCCUAAUAGCGUUCAAAAGUUGGCCAAGUUAACAGCUUUGCAUUUGAACAAUUGUAAAUUUGAGGAAAUACCCUCACAGAUAGCCCUACUGCCUUCCUUGCGACAGUUAGAAAUGUCAGACAAUAUGGUAUGUGCAAUACCAGACAGCAUAUUCUCAUUAGAUCAUUUGAGUAUUCUCAAGCUAAAUGGUAACAAGAUCCGCACGAUACCGAAACAAAUGGAAAAGCUCCAACUCGAAGUGCUUUCUCUCAGCGGUAAUUGUAUCAGGUCACUACCUGAUGAUUUUGGAAACUGCCAAACACUGAGAGCUUUGAAGCUCCUAGGAGCUGAAUUCGAUGUCUUUCCUCCACAGUUGCAGAGAAUCCGCAAUCUGAGAACAUUGCAUAUAACCUGCGACAAGCUAGGGGGAUUACUAGACCAGCGUAGCGGUGCCAAUGUACUGGGUUUCAUCAACCACGUGGAUGAUAUGGUUUUGGAGGUCAAAACAGUCAAGUCAAUAUGGACUCCCAAGAACGAUCUAGAAAGAUACCAGCGAAGAGUGAAGAAAGGCCAUGACGGUAGAGAGACUCUCAAUCUAUCUCAGCAAGGCAUCGCACAGUUACCUACCGCGGUCGUGGCCAUUGAAGAAAUCGAAGUGCUCGAUCUCACUGGUAAUCAGAUUAAGUCACUGCCAGCAGCUAUCUCCCAUUUGAAACGUCUGACAGUGUUGCGAGUCGACUACAACAAGCUUCAACUCCUUGCAGAUAACGUCUGCUGUUUGUAUAGGUUAGAAGAGUUCAGCGCAGUAGGAAAUAACCUCACUCGACUGCCUCCUGGAUUUGAAUCCCUACGGCGCCUGAAGAGAUUGCGACUAUCCCAUAAUAGUUUUGAAAUCUUCCCCCCUAACGUUGAAAACCUGAAACGAUUGGAAUGCCUUGAUGUUUCCGGUAACGUGCUGCGAUCACUACCGCAGAGAAUAGACAGACUUGAAAGCCUCAAGGUCCUGAAGGCAUCGUCAAACAAACUCACAGUACUGCCCAGUGGCCUGUUUAAGAUGACGACCAUUCGAGAGCUGUAUGUGGAUGAUAAUUUGAUCAAGACAAUCCCGGCUGAGAUCUGCGAUCUUACGAGGCUCGAGAACUUUGGAAAAGAACACGUUGACAACAAUCCUCUAACCAGCCCACCAGUUGACAUGUUUGAACAUGGACUGGAAGGACUCUCCAAGUAUUUUGACGACAUGCAUGUCUCGUCGGCAAGCGAGCUGCCGAUAGGCAAGGUCGUGCUGCUGGGAGAGGUGUUUGCGGGAAAGACUAGCCUGGCAAAUGCACUGCAGUUGGGGCAUUCUAAGUUAACCAACGUGGAGGACAGAACGGAAGGCAUCAAUGUCAACAGCACCAGGUUGGGUGGGCAGAUCCUUGCAACCCUGUACGACUUUGGAGGUCACGAGUCCUACCGAUUAACUCACCAGUUUUUCCUCACAAUGUACGCACUGUUCAUUGUCAUUGUGGACAUGAGUACUUAUAAAGACACCGCAGACUCUUUCGAACAGGCGGUAGGAUGCUGGGUAGACUUUGUUCGUGCAAGAGUGAACAGGGCAGUGGUGCACAUAGUAGGCACUAAGGCCGACAUUUGUACAGAAUCAGACCUUUCUGUAAAGAGUCAGUCUAUCCUACGGAGAUUGAAAACUUUGGGUGCGUCCUACUCUAGGUGUCUAAGGGAGCAGAUUGGGGUCAUACGUGAGGCGAUGGAGCAUUUCGGCAGCCUUCUUCCGACACAUCUUUGCUAUGGAAUGGACAUGGAAUCCCUUCAGCGACGAAAAAGAGAGUUGGAGAGGAUGUUGGAAAAUGCACCAGUACUUCCGACGACUGUAGACAUUGUCAGUUCCAGUGAGGACUUGCGUGGCAUUGCUGAGCUAAAGAAGAAUGUUGAAAGCAUGAUAAUGAACGAAGAACUUUUUCUCAGACCGAAGGUUCCACGGUCAUGGACUGCCUUAUCGAAUAUGAUAGCUGCCUCGGGCAAGGCAGCAACGCAUGGGUACAUGACAUGGUCGGACAUUGUAGCAGAGAGCGAAGGAAAUACAGGCCUUUCCGAAGACAGCACAGUGUUAGCAUUAUCGCAUCUACACAGCGUCGGUGUUGUUCUCCAUUUUAGGGACAAACCAGGUCUGGCCAAGUUCGUCUUCCAUGACCCAAAUUGGCUGAUUCGCGUUUUCGCGAUGGUCGCUAAGAACAAAAACCAAGACCGAAAACAGGAGCUCAUGUCAAUGUCUCCUAUGGAGGACGAACGGUUCCAAACGCUGUCACCAACUUUGUUCAGAAACGCAGUUGACGACCUGUUCGAGCGAGGCUCAAUGUGGGAUUGCCUUUUGAGGUGUUUUUGGCACGAACUCAAUAUAUCGGAUGACGUCUUCCAAAUGUUGGUCAACCUGCUCGAAAUGUUUGACCUGUGCUACCGGUUUUCAACGGCGUCACCUGGUUCCCGUGGUGCCAUGAACUGCUUUCGUUUCCCAUGGUUCCUAGAGAACAGCCCCACCCAAAUGUACAAAAAGCUGUGGGUAAGCUCGGCCAUCAAAGACAGACAGGUAGAAGUUAGGGUUCGGUUUGAAAUCAUCAGCUACUGCCCUGUAGGUUUGUUUGAACGCUUGUCUGUACAGAUCAAUGAUCUCGUGACUAGGGUUACCGAAUGGAAGGACGGAACUCUCGUGAGGACAUCAAACGACAGGCUCCUGUUGCUGCAGCGCACGAAGGAACAUAACGUGACGUAUCUACUUCUUGCCACACGUGUACCGGGGCGUGAGCUGGACCAAGGAUGGGCAGAUCUCAUGCCUAUCGUGAGCAAAGCUGCUGGACUGCUCAAGGAAUGGCCAGGUGUGUUGUCGUAUUUGUUCGUGGACUGCGGACAUUGUUUCGGGAGGCUGGACAGUCAGGAAUGGUCGGAUUUGUCCUCCCGGGAAAUCGGUCACUUUCCCGGAGAGGUACUGUAUACAGACCGUCCAGAUCACCUGACCUGCCCCCGUACCGGAGACGACAUCAACCCAGCUUUGGUGUACCCCUCUUCACCACCCCGGAAGUCCAAUCCAGGCCUUCUCAGUGACGUAGGAAUGUUACGCCUUGCAAAGCAGCUCGGGAAGGAAUGGAAAAGUCUUGCCAUUGAGCUAGGAUUCACCCCGGCAGAAAUCCAGCGCUUACAAAGUGAUAACCCGUUCAGCACCGCGGACAGCAUCUUCUCGAUGCUGGUGCAGUGGAGGCGCCGCCAGGGGGCGUCAGUAAACGUAAGCGCCUUGGCAGCAGCCCUGACCGCCGCUGGCAGGAAGGACCUGGCUGACAGCGUUUUGGAGGAUCUGUGAUAGUAGUAUCGAAACAGUUACUAACGUU